AUGGCCCUCUCCCCAUUCGGCUCUCGCUCGCCUGCAGUCACAGUCGCAUCGCCAAACUCUGCUUUACGGCUGAAAGCGGCGGCAGCCGCGCCACAGAAUGCAUCUGCAUCGACUUCAACGAUCAUCAGAUCAGAUCUGAAUCCUGAACGCGAGCUUGCGGAACAGCUGAACGAUGAUAUCCGACGGAAAUACGUCAAAGGCAAGAAGCUUGGUGAAGGAACAUACGCCAUUGUUUACCUUGGCAAUUACCGCGACGAUCCGUCCUCCCUUGUUGCCAUCAAGAAGAUCAAAGUGAAUGCAGAAUAUAAAGAUGGACUUACAAUGGACGCCAUUCGAGAAGUCAAAUACCUCCAGGAGCUCUCGCAUCGAAACAUCAUUGCUCUGCACGACGUCUUCUCCUCCAAGGAUCAGAAUCUCAACCUGGUACUAGAGUUUCUCCCCGGUGGGGACUUGGAGAUGUUGAUCAAGGACGGAGAUAUACAUUACGGUGCGGCGGACAUCAAAGCUUGGAUGGGCAUGUUAGCUCGCGGGGUAUGGUUUUGCCACGAGAACUUCGUCCUUCACCGAGAUAUCAAGCCGAACAACUUGUUGAUCGGGGCCGACGGCGAGGUCAAAUUGGCUGAUUUCGGUCUGGCACGGUCGUUUGCAGAUCCGUACCUGAACAUGACUCAUCAAGUCAUCACUCGCUGGUAUCGACCUCCUGAGCUGCUUUUCGGUGCACGGCAGUACUCGGGGGCGGUGGACGUCUGGUCCAUGGGCAUGGUCUUUGCCGAAUUGUUGCUCCGCGUGCCUCUGCUAGCCGGCAUGUCUGAUUUGGACCAGAUCACCAAAAUUUGCGAGGCCUUCGGCACGCCGACGGAGGAGAAUUGGCCGGGUGUCACUCAACUGCCCAAUUAUGUGACGGACAAGGUGGUGCCGUUGCAAGGUCGGGAUUUCUUCCUCAGACAGUUCCCUACGGCUGGUCCGGUGGGGGCUGAUCUGCUCAUGUCGAUGUGUGUUUUGGAUCCGCGGAAGCGCGCUACUGCACUGCAGGUGCUGCAGCAUCGAUGGUGGACCACAGAGCCACGACCAACGAAUAAUGAAGAUCUCCCACGGAAAUCGGGGACUAAGAAGAUGGGGAAUGAUUUGGCCCGCGUUGGGGGGGAGACCGACGAGGGGCUUUUCAAAAAUGCUGCUCGGCAGUUGGACUUUGGUGGCAAGAAAUGA